AUGGAGAAAAAAUUUAAUUCAAAUCCUAAAUUGAAUGAACAAUAUAUACAGUUUAUGGAAGAAUAUGAAAGAUUGGGUCACAUGAAAUUAACAACAAACAACAGUGGAAAAUAUUAUCUUCCUCAUCAAGCUGUAAUCAGAGAAAACAGCUUAACCACAAAAUUAAGGGUGGUAUUCGAUGCAUCAGCAAAAACAACAAAUGGUAAAAGUCUCAAUGAUGUGAUGUAUACGGGACCAAGGCUGCAAAAAGACAUAUUUGAUAUUAUUUUAAAAUGGCGGCUAUGGAGAUAUGUAAUGAUGGCGGAUGUUGAAAAGAUGUAUAGACAAGUGAGAGUUGCAGAAGAAGAUCAAAAAUAUCAACACAUAUUAUGGCGAAAAAAUAAUAACGAGCUGAUAAAGGAGUAUAAGUUAACAACAAUUACGUACGGAACAGCCUCAGCUCCAUUUCUUGCAGUGAGGGCGUUAUUUUAUAUUGCUGAUACCUGUCCAAUUCCGGAGAUUAAAAAUAUUAUUAAAGAAGAUUUUUACAUGGAUGAUCUCAUAACAGGAGCCGACACUAUUAAGCAAUGUAAAUAUAUUCAGCAUAGUGUUUUAAAUCAUCUUGCAAGUUAUGGUUUUAAAUUGAGAAAAUGGCUGUCAAAUGAAAAGCAAAUAACUGAAGACGUAUGCAGUUCCAUAAUGAUUCAAAUAAAAGAUGAUGAGUCAAUAAAAACAUUGGGAUUGCAGUGGGAUCCAGUUUUGGACAACUUUAAAUUUGGUAUCAACUUUUCAAACAACGAUAAAAUUACAAAAAGACAUGUUUUAUCAGAAGUGGCUAAGAUUUUCGAUCCUUUAGGGUGGUUGUCACCAGUUACAGUUCUUGCAAAACUGUUUAUACAAAAAUUGUGGUUGCUGCAGAAUAAAUGGGACGAAGUCAUACCCGAUGAGCUAAAUAAUGAAUGGCAAGUGUUCAAAAAUAAUAUAUCCUCUCUACAAGAAAUUCGUGUGCCAAGAUGGGUGCAGUUAACAACUAAGUCUAGAUUUGAGCUGCAUGGUUUUGCGGAUGCAUCGGAAAAAGCAUAUGCAGCUGUAAUAUAUAUAAAAAAAGAAAACUCGGUGACGCUUCUUACCGCCAAAACAAAAGUAAAUCCAAUAAAAAAUAGGAAGACUUUGCCGAAAUUGGAACUUUGUGCUGCACAUCUAUUAGCAAAACUACUACAAAAGGUAUCUAACAUUGUUAAAGGCCAACAUACGAUAUAUGCUUGGAGUGAUUCAACAAUAACUUUAGCAUGGGUCAAAAAUAAAACAAAGAUAAAUUCGUCCGAAAUCGGGUAG